AGCGGUAAUUGGGGGGAAACGGGAGCUGGCUGCAGUGUUCCAAACUAUUUGGAAGGGAGUGACACCGGAGGGUGCAUUUGGGUAUAUAUAGCACCGUUUGUGCAACUUUUCUGACAAUCUCCCUGGGCGAGGAAGAGAAGGGGUCAUCACGAAGUGCGGAGGAAGACUGGCUGUUUCCCGAAGCUAUGGCUCUCAAUGCACUUUUCUUUGUAUUGAUCACAUCAGUGAUUAUACAAACCGCGACAUCGCGCACCUUCAAAUCGAUUUACUUGGUGACGGUCAGCUCGGAGGUGGUAGGAGGGACCACAGAGAAACUUUGUGCUCAGGUCUACCAAGCCACAGAGCCUCUGUUGUUGAAGGUGUCGCUGGAAAUGGAGGGUGGCAGCGGCACCACUCUACUGGAGGAAGACGUAACACAGGACUUCUAUCGCUGCAUCUCCUUCCAGGUACCCCCAGUGAAGGCUGACAGUGUGGCCACUGUUCUUGUCAGCAUCAAGGGGAGAAAGGAUGAGAUGAGUAACAAGACCAAGAUCCUUAUCAAGCCUAAAAGAUUCCUCACCAUUUUCCAGACCGACAAACCAGUCUACAAACCUGGACAGACAGUCAAGUUCCGAAUCGUCUCGCUGGAUGCCAGUUUCUUGUCAUUCAAUCAGAUGUAUCUAACAGUGGAGCUUCAGGACCCGAACUCCAACCGCAUUGCUCAGUGGUUGAACCAGUCAACAGUGAGUGGAAUUCUGGACCUGUCCCACCCCAUGUCUGCAGAGGCAACGCAAGGAAGUUACAUCAUCACUGCAUGGAAUGAGAAGGGAGAGCAAACUUCCCAAACCUUUGACAUCAAAGAAUAUGUUUUACCCAAAUAUGAGGUCAAAGUCUAUCUACCCCAAACAAUCACUAUUCUGGACAAGCAAGCAACACUGAGAGUUUGUGGAAAAUACACUUAUGGAAAACCAGUGGUUGGGUCUGUCACUGCAAAAGUUUGCAGAAUUGCCGUUCAAUAUUACUGGUUAUUUGAUUCUAGUAAUAUCUGCGAGGUGUAUCUUAUCAAAACUGACAAAACUGGUUGUGCAACCCAAAUGAUCGACUUGACCCGGUUCCGUCUACAUGAAUCUUUUGGGGACUUCGAAGUGGAGACUGAGCUGGAAGAAUAUGGAACUGGGGUCAUCCUUAAAGGUAGUGGCAAGGCAAGCUUCACCAAUGUCAUCGUAACUGUUCGUUUUGAGGACGUGCCCCAAGCAUAUAAACCAGGAAUUGCAUACGAGGGGAAGAUCAAGGUGACCGGUCCCGACUCUAGUCCCGUUCCCAAUGAGCCUGUGUAUCUCUUCCUACAAAACAGUGGCAAAUCUGAGAACUGGACUCUCACCACAGACAGCAAGGGCAUUGCUUCCUUCUCUCUAGACACUUCUCUAUGGAGUUCUGAUUCUGUCUCUCUGUCGGCUCGUUAUCAAAAGGUUGAGGAGGAUUAUCUGUAUGAGCAGGGUGUGCGUAGACCAGAAUAUUCAUCGGAUUACCACUUCGUAAGAGAAUUUUAUUCUAAGAGCAAGAGCUUUGUGAAGAUAAUGCAGGGCGAAGGGAAGUUCUCCUGUGAGAAGGACGGUAUUGUUCUUGCUCACUACAUCAUCCAAGGGGUGGAGCUGAAAAAGGGACAGACGACCCUGGACUUUUUCUAUCUGGUUAUAUCUAGAGGCAGCAUUCGGCAGCACGGCCGUAUUCCUGUGACCAUUAAAGAAAGAAAAGUUAACCAAGGGCAGCUGAUGCUCUCGCUGCAGCGGAUGCCUGAGCUGACCCCUUUUGCCCAGGUAGUGGUGUACACCGUGUUGCCUGAUGGGGAGGCAGUAGCAGACAGCCGAGACUUCCCCAUUCAACUCUGCCUUAAAAACAAGGUGUCCCUGAAGUUCUCGUCCCUCCAGGAGUUGCCAGGGGAGAAGACCUCUCUGAGCCUCCAGGCCCACCCAGGGUCUCUGUGUUCUCUCAGGGCCAUUGACCAGAGUGUGCUGCUGCUGCAGCCUGAACGGGAGCUCAGCCUAGACUCUGUCUUCAGUCAGCUGCCUGUUCAGAAGUUGUCUGGAUAUUCAUACAUGGUAGAAGACCCCUACCCAUGCCUUCGAUAUCCUCCAAGAUUUGAAGAGGCGAUGAUUAGGCCCCUUCCACCUGUACCAGAGUUGGUUGUACCUGUUUGGGGGAGACACUCAUUCAGGUUUGGCCCCAGCGACGACAAAAACGAUGUCUACAGCAUCUUUAAAGAAGUUGGAAUCAAGAUCCUGACCAACUCUGACGUGAAAAAACCUUACGACUGCAACACAUUCUUUGCAAGGAACGAAAAUGAUAUAAUAGAAGCUCGUCCCAUGAACAUGAUGCCAAAUGAGGAGAAUGCACCAACCUCUGGCGCCUCUGACAGGCCUAAGGAGACCGUCCGCACGUACUUCCCUGAGACCUGGAUCUGGGACCUGGUUCCUGUGGGACUUACAGGAAAAGUGAAUGUUGAGAAGACUGUCCCAGACACCAUCACUAAGUGGGCUGCAGGGGCGUUCUGUACUUCCCCAGUGGGUUUUGGCCUGGCUCCCAACACUGGCCUCACUGCCUUCCAACCCUUCUUUGUGAGCCUGACGCUGCCCUACUCUGUCAUCCGGGGGGAGGUGUUCACACUCAAGGCCACAGUGUUCAACUACCUCUCCAAGUGUAUCAUGGUGAAGGUGACUCUAGCUGAGUCCAAGCAGUUCAAAGCCAGGACAUGUGAAGGCUGCCAGUACACACUGUGUCUGUGUGCUGAAGAGAGCAGGACCUUCACGUGGAUCCUCACCCCAACUGCUCUAGGGGAGGUGAGUGUGAAAGUGAGCGCCGAGGCAUUGAAAACUGAGAAGCUCUGCGGCAAAGAGGUGGCCACGGUGCCAGAGAAAGGACGUAUUGACACCGUUGUGCAAACACUGCUGGUGGAGGCUGAGGGAACCCAGGAGACGGUCAGCCACAACGCUCUGCUCUGCCCUGCAGAGGGCCCGGUGGAGAAGGACAUCUCUCUGAAGCUGCCUAAGGUGUUUGUGGAGGGCUCUGCCAAGGCCUCCCUCUCAGUACUGGGUGACCUGAUGGGUCGGGCCAUGAAGAACCUGGACAGCCUGUUGCAGAUGCCCUAUGGCUGUGGAGAGCAGAACAUGGUGCUUUUUGCUCCCAACAUCUACAUCCUCAACUACCUGCAAAGCACCAGGCAGCUCACCGAGGAGAUCCAGACCAGGGCCACAGGCUUCCUAGACAGUGGCUACCAGAGAGAGCUCAACUACAAGCAUGACGAUGGCUCCUACAGUGCCUUUGGGAAGAGCGAUGAGUCUGGAAACACGUGGCUCACCUCCUUUGUUCUGAAGUCCUUUGGAGGGGCCAAGCCCUACAUCUUUGUGGACCCCGCACACAUUGCCCAGGCCAAGGCCUGGUUGGCCAGUCACCAGCAGACGGAUGGCUGCAUCGCGUCAGUGGGGAAACUCUUCCAUAACGGCAUGAAGGUAAAGGGGAGUCAGACCUCAGUGGGUAAUAAGAGGAGUAUUAUACUGCUGCCACCAAAUGUGAGAAGGGAGUGUGUUUCUGGGAUCAAGUGUCACUCACUGCCUGACAUCACCCACACAACGCUGUCACUGCUGGAGCUGGAUGGCAACACUUCUGACCCCAUGGUGGAGAAGAGUCUGAUGUGUCUGAAGGCAGCAGUGUCUGACAAGCUGGAGAACACCUACACCAUAGCCCUGCUAUCUUACACCUUCACCCUGGCCCAAAACCAGGACAUGAGGGCGAAGCUCAUCACCCACCUGGACAAGAUAUCUGCUACCUCCGGUGGCAAUCGUCACUGGGAGAGAGCAGAGGCUUCUGGGACAAAGACAGACUCUCUGGAGGUGGAGAUGACAUCCUAUGUGCUGCUGGCGCUGCUCUCCGGUCCCACCAUGCCAGGCUUUGGGCUGGAAUACUCCACUGGCAUCGUCCGAUGGCUGGCCCAGCAGCAGAACCCCUACGGAGGAUUCGCCUCCACACAGGACACAGUGGUAGCACUGCAGGCCCUGGCCAAGUACGGUGCUGCCACCUUCAGUCCAGAGGGCGCCAGUACAGUCAGUGUGAGCUCGGCCGGCGGCCUGAAGAUGAAGUUUACUGUGAAUCAGAACAACCGGCUGCUCUAUCAGGAGGUGCAGCUGAGGGAGGUCCCUGGGGACUACAACAUCAAGGCACAGGGCAAGAGCUGCGUGUUUGUGCAGAUCGCCAUGCACUACAAUAUUCCCCCUCCUCCUGACUUCUCUGCUUUCAACAUCUCAACAGAGACGCUUGGGAAAUGUGACGGCACCAAGAAAUCUCUGAUCGUGUCUGUGGCUGUCAGGUACAAUGGUCGGCGAGAGGAGACCAACAUGGUGAUCAUCAAUGUCAAGCUUCUCUCCGGCUUCGUCCUGGACAAGUCCUCCCUUGGGCCUUUGAAAAAUGACCCCACUGUCAAACGUGUUGACCUGGAGGAAGGACAUGUCAUCAUCUACCUAGAUGGGCUCAAGCAGAAGGAAACGAAGACUUACAGCCUGGCCAUAGAGGAGGAUGUGCCUGUGAGGAAUCUGAAACCAGCUGUGGUGAAAGUGUAUGACUACUACCAGACAAGUGAUGAAGCUGUGAGUGAAUACAGCUCCCCGUGUGCAGAGUGAUCGUCAAUGAAGUGUGACAGACAGCCGAUCAAGCUGACUGGACCUGGGCUCAGCCAAUUGCUUUCCUAUUUAGGAAGAGCUCAUAAAAUGGAGGGGUUCUAUUUGGUGCUUACAGUUCCUGGUUACCCAUUGACCAACUUGUAAUCUGUUUAACUUUAAGUGAACACAAUUGAAUAGCUGGGCCUUAAGAUUUUACCUCUACUUCAGUUGUAAUCCUGCUGAAGUGAUUGUAGUGUUUCUACUGCAAAUUGAAAUGUUAAUAAAACCAUGCUAUUGAUUAAAAACAAAUGU